AUGUCUGACUGCAAUAGACGUCUCUUUGCUGCCGCCCGUAACGAAUGUAAGCGUGUCCUAAAUGAUGCUAAGUCACUAUUUGUGGCUCGAAUGAAGGAACGUAUUGCAUCUCGAAAAUUUGGCUCCAAAGAUUAUUAUGUCUCUGCAAGAGUUUCCUAUCCCACGAACGCAGGUGUUCCUCAAGGCUCCAUCCGAGGCCCCACUCUAUUCCUUAUCUAUAUAAAUGACCUUCCUGACGCCGUAACUUCUCAAGUUGGCAUCUACGCGGAUGACACCACAAUUUAUUCCUGCCUCAAAACAAAUCCAGUCUCACUGACAAAACUCACCUUGCCGUGCGUCUCGAAAAGGACCUCAAUCGAUUGUGAACUGGGGCAUGAUUUGACUGGUCAACUUCAACGCUUCAAGACAAAACUGCUCUCUAUUAAUCACCACAGAGAGCCUUCCCUUCCUCCAUUAGAAUGUCUGACGCUCAACUUCGAGAGCAACUCUCUGCGGCUUCUCGGUCUCACGUUGACUGCUGACCUGAGAUGGAAUAAAUACAUCGAGUCAAUUGCCUGGUCCACUGCGAGGAAAGUUGGCUCCCUGAGCCCGCGCUAG